AUGAGCAACUUCAAGAAUGCUCCUCAAUAUGAUCCUGCUCCACAACAACAACAACAACCACAACACCAACAACAACAACAUCAGACCAAGUCAACUGGCGCGUCUUCAUCUUCAUCGUCAUCAUCUCCAUCUCCAUCAACUUCGUCAUCUUUUCAGAUGGGAUGCUCCAGCUGCAACCAUGUCUCACCAAACAAAAUGCCAUCGACUUCAAUGAGGAGGACUCUAAAGUGUGGCCACGUCUACUGCGGCGACUGUAUUGACAAUGUCCUAUUGCGCACGUUCUCACAGUCCAAUCAGCCACUGAGCUAUCUAUGUGUACUCUGUAAUACACCUUCGCCAGUGGUCUCUUCUACAUCUUCUUCUUCGUCAUCAUCGUCAUCAUCGUCCAACAACUCGGCCACUUCUACGCCCAGACUGAACGCUUCGGAGCCACUCUCUCUACAUGGCUCCACCUCAUCAAUGACACCCCCGCUGACCUCCUUCUCCCUAUUUAACAACAACGGAAGCUUUGAAUCCUCCGACUCUAUUUAUAACUAUCAACAGCGCAAGGUGUCUCAUCCAAGGGAUGGCUCCGGCAACCCCAAUGGCUCAAUGGACUUGACCUACAUGCCCUACAGCACGACACUGCCCUCGCCCAAACAGGGACCAUCCAUGUCGCCAACCUUUGGCGGUCCAAAGGGAGGCAACGAAUCUUCAUUCUCCGCGCCAACCAGACUGCUCCGACAGAACAGCUCUGGCAUGAUGAGCACAUUCCAACAUGUGGGCACCACUCCUUCGCCUGGCAGCACAACUCUCUCCCACAUCAGGGGCUCGGCUGGCGGCGGCCUGUCUACACCAACCUCGCCAAUCAUCGAGAGCAAGUCCCCACUCAAUCUGUCUGGUGGUAGCUCUGGCAACAAUAGCGCCAACCAUAGUCGUCACUCUUCAACAGGCGGUGGAGGAUACGAUAGCAGUCUGUACUAUUUCUCGCCUGGUGACUACUCCAUUGAAAAUGGUGGUGGCAACAGCGGCAACAUCAACAACAACUACAACACCAACAGCAACAACUACGGCAGAUCACCUGGCAACUCAUUGCAACAACUCCUGAUGCAACAUCAGGAUCAGAACCAAUCCAAUGUCUACCGAUCACCUGCGGGAAUUGGAAUGAGCAGUCAGUAUCCACCGUACAUGUUGUUUCAACAGCAACAGCAGCAGCAACAACAACAGCAGCAACAGGCUCAGCAGCUACAAGGAUAUCCAACAUCCCAGAUCCAGGCACCGACUCCCAAGAAUCCAUUCCAGUCCCCGCCUCUAUUUGCUCAGCCAGACUCGCUACUAAUGUCCAGCUACAUGCCACAUCAACAGCAGCAGCAACAGAUGCCAGUAUCACCUCAGAAGCAAGCGCAACAGCAACAGCAUCAACAUCAGCAUCAACCACAGCAGCAGCCACAACAACCAACUCCACCCCCACAACAGCAACAACAACUACAACACCAACAACAACAACCACAACACCAACAGCAACAGCGUCAACAGCUCCUAAUCAAGGAGCAAUCCAUUGUAUACAAUGAGCUUUCCAAUGUUAGAGAGCUAAGGAUAGGCGACGAUGAAGACUAUAUGUGCAGCGUGCAUGGCGGCCUGCAUCAACUGUACUGUUUCAACGACGAAUGUAACAUAUCUCUGUGCAACCAGUGCUCCAAGACCCAGCAUCAGGGUCACAAUGUGCAGCCCUACCAGGAGAUCACCAAGAGAUCGCAAGAGGACAUCCAUAUCAUGCGCCAGUCGGUGGUCCGUUUGCGCAGCUACCUCGAGGUCGAGGGUGAGAUUGUCGACCAGUUGCUGGCAAGGAGCGCCCAAGUCGAGGAGGUCAAGCGACGACUGCGCGACGAGGUAAUGCUGUGGCUUGAUGGCGCACUCAAGAAGAUUGACGAAGAACAUGUCGAGCAUGUGAGCAAGACCAAGGCCAAGCGCGACAAGAUCGUCCAUCUCCUUCAGGAGAUUGACAAAGAGCAAAAGACCAACGGCGGUGGCGGUGGCGCAGGCGGAGGUAGCUCGAGCAACAGCAACCUCAACAGCCCAGCCAACAACAGCAAUAACAACAACAACAAUGAGCGUAACAGAUCAAAGAAGAAGCUAACUGACACCAACAAGCAUAGAGUGCAUCUUCAUGACAUGUUCAAGGGAGUUAGCGAUGUGGCCACAAUGCCCAACGACGAGAUAACUUGGCCAAAUGCAUGUUUCCUCGAUGUAGCGCAACAACAGCAGCAACUGAUCCAGUUACAGCCACAGCUUGCGCCGUUCAAAUGCUCUCUGGACUACAUCUACGCCAUCGGUGGACAAUACAAGAAGACUGUGGAGCGAUACUCAGUGGCGCAGAACAAGUGGACGUUUGUGACGAGCAUGGACACUCUCAGGAACAGGCUGUCGGCCGUGUUUGAUGGCAAGCAGUACAUCUAUGUGUUUGGUGGCGAGAUGAAGUCUUCGCCCGACCGCUGCGUCACUGAGAAGUCUGUAGAGCGAUACAACAUACUCAACGACCGCUGGGAGAGCGUCAAGGAGAUGCCCAAGCCCAGGAGCCGACACGCCACAGUCUACGAUGGCAAGCGUUACAUCUACAUCAUUGGCGGCAAAGACACGUACUUCUCGAACGAGGUGGACCGCUUCGACACGCACACGCAGGAGUAUGCCUCGAUGUCGCCCAUGAGCACCGCGCGCUCAGAUCUGUCGGCCGUGUACGAUGGUAGCGGCAUGAUUUACGCCAUUGGUGGAUUCAACAGCAAGGCGAUGGACAUCAUCGAAGUGUACGACAUUGCCGCCGACAAGUGGGGCAAGACCAAGCGCAUGAACAAGAGUCGCGAUGGCCCAGGCGCCAUCUACGAUGGCAAAGGGUCGAUCUUUGUCAUGGGUGGAUCGUACGCCACACACAAGUUGUCCAACAGUUUGGAUCGCCUGUCUGUGGAGGAUGGAAACUGGACGUCGUUGGCCGAUAUGUGCAAGCCUGUGGAUGUUCGCAACUCUGUUGUAUAUGAUAGUGUCAACUCGAUCUAUGUGGUGGGUGGAUACUGCUCCGAGAUACUAAGUGACGUUUGUCGGUAUAAUAUGGACACCAACACUUGGGAGACGCUCAAGUCGAUGAAUGAGGCUCGCGAAGGAAAUGCUUUGGUCUAUGUAUCUCUGCCAAUCAAUCAAUAA